AUGCUCCCACAAGGGUUUCUCCAACAGGCCCGGUGUGAAUCACAAUGUGGACUUUCCGAAAGAGUUAACAGUGGCAGGUACAGACAGAGAAGAGGUCUUUUUCAUAGCCCCAACAGGCCGGGUAUAAAUCACAGUGUGGUCUCUACCCAAAGAGUUAACAUUUGCAAAUACAAACAGCGAAGAGGUCUGUUUCAUAGCUCCAACAGACCGGGUAUGAAUCACAGUGUGGUCUCUACUCAAAGAGUUAACA